UGUCUAUGAUCUUUACCGAUCCUUAAUAUGGCAAAGUGCACAACAUUUCUUCAUUCCUCCUUAUCUCACUGUGGAUGUAUACAUGUAUAUUUAUAUGUGUCCACGUAUUUAUUGCUUUGGCCAAUUAUAGGAAUCCAGUCUGAAUGCAAGGAGGCUUUAGAAAAUAAUGCACACAUAAAAAGAGCACUUGAAGAAGUAUGUGAUGCGGAGAGCUUAAAUGUUCUGCCAAAAGGUUGUAGCCACCAUGAGGAAAAAGUGGAUUUGGAUGAGGGUGCUGUAGCGAUAGAGAGCUUCAGGGGAGGAGAGAUAGUGGCAGUCCCAUGUGAAGGAGAUCCAAUUGUAGAACCACAUGAAGGUGUGGAGUUUGAAUCUGAAGAUGCUGCCAAGAUAUUUUAUGAUGAAUAUGCACGGCGAGUAGGCUUUGUUAUGCGUGUGAUGUCUUGUCGCCGAUCUGAAAGAGAUGGGAGGAUUCUUGCUCGUCGACUUGGAUGUAAUAAGGAGGGUCAUUGUGUUAGUAUUCGAGGUAAAUUUGGCCCUGUCAGAAAGCCGCGGCCAAGCUCAAGGGAAGGCUGUAAGGCAAUGAUUCAUAUUAAGGUCAAUAAGUCUGGAAAGUGGGUGAUAACGAGAUUUGUUAAGGAUCAUAAUCAUCCACUUGUAGUCGCUCCACGUGAGGCUCGUCAAACAAUGGAUGAGAAGGAUAAGAGAAUUCAAGUACUAACUGCUGAGCUACGGAACAAGAAACGACUCUGUGCAGCAUAUCAAGAACAGUUGACUGCAUUUAUGAAAGUUGUUGAAGAGCAUGGUAACCAACUAUCAAAGAAAGUUCAAAACGUAGUCAACAACUUGAAGGAAUACGAGUCGAUAGAGCUACAGCUAUUGCAACAUAGAUAACCUCAACCAUUGGUGUGUGUAUCCCAGCAUCCUCCACUUAAAGCUUUGUUAUCAUAUGUAGCUGAUAAUUAUCAUCUCAUAGUAACUCCCUCACCAGUUGAUCAAAAUGUGUCAUAUAAACUGUUGGAUUUUCUUUUUCUUUUUCUGUUCUUCCUUUCUUUUGCGGGUGUAGGUCUAGUAGAGCUCUGUACAAAUAGGGUUUUGAAAUGCAAAUACAGGAAUGAGAUGAACAGC